AUGUCAAGCGAGCCAGAGCUGACGUCAAGGGACUCGACAGGGUUCAAACAAGACGUUCAAGACAAAGGUCAAGCUGUCAAAGGCGGCGAGGACGAACAGGCCGGUGCCUCAGUGGUUCCGGAUCAAGAGCAAAGGAAAGGUCUCGUACAACAUGAAGAUGAGGAAUUGGAGGCACACCAAGCUCAACAGUCUGUCGCUGCUUUUGCUCACUGCUCGCUCGGGCUCAUGGUUUGCCAAUGCUUGCAGUAUGAGCAUCUGUUCGCAUGCCAGCAUCCUGUCUGCUUUCGCAUGUCAAGGCUCUGUCGACUCGGUUUUCGAGUGGUCCAGCUGAACGACGGUGGACUUGCUAGCUGCAGACGAUCGUGA